UAUAUAAUUUAACACAAGAAAUCAGAUGUGUCGUCUAGUGAUAAUUCUUGUGCCUUAUUAAUUUAUUUUAGGUCAUUUUAAAAGAAAUCGUGGAAAUUCCACGAUCACAAAAUAGUCAAUAAUGGAGGGUAUCUACAAAAUCAAUUUGAUACCUAACGAUCUAAGCAUGGAAGAGAGCAUUUUGCAAAUAGCCGAAACUCUCGAUAAUCUCAAUGGGAUAGUCGAAGAUGUGUUCGCUCGCGUGUCUCUCAGGAUAAAUCAGAACAUGGACAAAACUCAUAAAUUGAAACAAAGAAUUGAAAUAUCAAAAGAUAAAGUUACAAAACUCACUGGCAUGCAGAAAGCGAUUAAAGUAUUCUCGAGUGCUAAGUACCCAACCUCUAUAGUUCACAAUCAUUAUAAAUCCGUAUUCGACCUAGAUUGCUACCAACAUGAACCUCAAAAGAUUAAUCUGAGUGGAGUUGUUCAGAGACAGUCUAACGAUAAAAAGAUACAGGAAAAAUUACAUUUCUAUCAUGUAAAAGUAGCUGAUUGUAAAGACUUUACAAAACCCGAUAAUGAUUUGGAUUCUGUGAUAAGUAACGUUUCGACAGUAGGGGACCUUCUGAUCUUCAAUACGGACGAGAGUCCAUACGUAAGAAGUAGCAGCAAGGUUCCGGCUUACGUACCUACGACUAUUACCAAUGAUGAAAACAAAGUGUCACUAGAAGAGGCACCGCCGUCGAUUGUCAAAAGGAAUGUAUUAAAACGAGAAGCCGACGAAUAUAUGUAUGCGCCAGGAAUGGGACUGGUACCGGAGUUGGAUAUGCCCCUCGACCUUCCCCAUUUGCCGGGCGUUGCCGGAGACGUGCAGUUCUCCGUCACCAACGAUGGUUCGAUAGCGCCGUCCGCGGUCACGUCACCCGACACCAACUUCGCAGUUCCCGAUCUGACGGAAUUGGAUCUGGAACAGCUGCCAGACGUUGGGGAACCGACGCCAGCAUCGGUACCGGUCCCGGACAUACCGGAUGCUCCACCACCAGUUCCAAGCGUGGCAGUUCCGUCAGUUCCUGUAGCUGCGCCGCCAAUGUUGGCCAGCCCACCGCCGCCGCCCCCACCUCCACCUCCACCUCCACCACCGCCGAUGGAGGUCCCGACCCUACAUAACAUAAGCAGUGACGAAAAGCCGAAACAAUUGCCUCCUCCAUCCGGCGGUGACGCGCACUCCAACUUGAUGGCAGCGAUCCGAUCGUUCGCUGAAAGAACCGACGCCGGUGUAUUUAAUGGCCUACCCUUAGUGUUCACUGUUGGCACUAACAAAGGUAACAAAGCGGCAGUAGGCGGCGACUUGAUGGCGGACCUGCACGCCAAGCUGUCGAUGAGACGGCGCGGCAUCUCUGGUGCGGAGCGAGCAGGCGCGCGCGGCGGUUCCCUGCUGCACGCCAUGGCUAACGCCAUCCCCGAGCCCGGAGAGUCCACACCGCAACGAUCCUCCAGCGAUGACGACUGGGAUUAG